AUGGAUCCUUACAAGUACCGUCCAUCAAGUGCCUACAAUUCCCCAUUCUUCACUACAAAUUCUGGUGCUCCUGUUUGGAACAACAACUCAUCACUUACGGUGGGAUCAAGAGGGCCAAUUUUGCUUGAAGAUUAUCAUUUGGUGGAGAAACUUGCCAAUUUUGAUAGAGAACGCAUUCCAGAACGUGUUGUUCACGCUAGAGGAGCUAGUGCCAAAGGAUUUUUUGAGGUGACCCAUGAUAUAUCUCAUCUUACCUGUGCUGAUUUCCUUCGUGCUCCUGGUGUUCAGACCCCAGUCAUUGUGAGAUUUUCCACUGUUAUACAUGAAAGGGGCAGCCCUGAAACUCUUAGGGAUCCUCGAGGUUUUGCUGUGAAGUUCUACACCAGAGAGGGGAAUUUUGAUAUGGUGGGGAACAAUUUCCCGGUCUUCUUCGUUCGUGAUGGUAUGAAGUUUCCAGACAUGGUUCAUGCUCUGAAACCAAACCCAAAAUCCCAUAUCCAGGAAAAUUGGCGAAUAGUUGAUUUUUUCUCCCACCAUCCAGAGAGUUUGCACAUGUUCACUUUCCUUUUCGAUGAUAUUGGUAUUCCACAAGAUUACAGGCACAUGGAAGGUUCUGGUGUGAAUACCUACACUUUAAUUAGCAAGGCUGGGAAAGCACAUUAUGUGAAGUUCCAUUGGAAACCCACUUGUGGAGUAAAGAGUUUAUUGGAGGAUGAGGCAAUUAAGAUUGGGGGAUCAAAUCAUAGUCAUGCUACUCAGGACCUUUAUGACUCAAUUGCAGCAGGAAACUAUCCUGAGUGGAAGCUUUUUAUCCAGACAAUUGAUCCUGACCAUGAAGAUAGCUUUGAUUUUGACCCACUUGAUGUGACUAAGACUUGGCCUGAAGAUAUAAUUCCCUUGCAGCCAGUGGGUCGUUUAGUUUUGAACAAGAACAUCGACAAUUUCUUCAACGAGAAUGAGCAACUGGCUUUCUGCCCUUCUAUUGUGGUGCCAGGCAUUUACUACUCUGAUGACAAGCUACUCCAAACUCGUAUCUUUUCCUAUUCCGACACCCAGAGGCACCGGCUUGGACCUAAUUAUCUGCAGCUUCCAGCAAAUGCGCCCAAGGCUUCUCAUCACAACAAUCAUCACGACGGUUUUAUGAAUUUUAUGCAUAGAGAUGAAGAGGUAAACUACUUCCCUUCAAGGUAUGAUCCUGUGAGGCACGCAGAGAGAUACCCCAUUCCUCCUGCAAUCUACACCGGCAAACGGGAGAAGUGUAUAAUUGAGAAGGAGAACAAUUUCAAGCAACCUGGGGAGAGAUAUCGUUCCUUCAAACUGGACAGGCAAGAGCGCUUCAUCCAACGCUGGGUUGAUGCCUUAUCUGACCCAAGAGUCACUUAUGAGAUCCGCAGCAUUUGGAUUUCAUACUGGUCUCAGGCUGAUAAAUCUCUGGGACAGAAGCUUGCUUCUCGCCUCAACAUGAGGCCGAGCAUGUGA